AUGCCAGUCAAACACGAUGCAGUAGAGUCCUCAGCCAGUAGGCGGCCGCUAGCACAGAAGCUCUCUGGCCUCAUCAUACGGCGAGGCGGUCCAGGGAAAGGGGGUCCCAAGUCGCCAGAAAUCAUAGACGAGAAAGCCUCAAUCUUCAGAUUCAAGAGGCAAAAGAAGGCUCCCUCGCCAGAGGCUACGCCAGAAUUCAAGCCUCUCGAGGUCGAUUUGAACAGAUUAAGUCUCUCGGAAGGAUGGCUCGACACGCACAAGGACGAGGAGCUGGAGCAGCGGCAGGACGAGCACAAGCAGCAGCAGCAACAAGAACAACAAAAUUCGUCAGACAACACCGACGACUCAACACCAAUAGCUAACAAAUAUUCAACCAUGCUGUCACUAGGAGUACAGGACCAAGGCAAAAUUGACUGGCCAUACCUCCAGAAACAGGAUAGCAACAGCAACAAACGGCCAUAUUCCAUGGUCGAGACCUCGAGCCUCGCAUAUAGGCGCCCAUUACAGUCCAGCAGCGCCCAGUCUGUGGGCAGCGUGCUGGAUCGUGGCAGACCUGUCGAGCCCAAGAGGUAUGUCACGGAUCCGCUGUGGAAGACAAAUGCCAUUCUGCCGGAUCCUCCUGCGCAAAGCGCGCCAGUCGUCGAAAAGGCAACGACUUCGCGGCAUGUUCCUCGCAAGUCUAUCCAGUCGAUCCACAAUGACACCAAUGCAUUGUCUGCGACAACAAAGCAUAAUAUUGCUGCCGCUCCUCAGGCCAAGGCCCCGGAGAAGCUGGAUCGCGUUGGGCGCCACUCCAUGUAUGCGACGCCCAAUCCGACAGCAGCCUUGCCUGCUCUGAAGCCAGUUUCCACUCCGUCAUCCAGGAGUUCGUCUGCCAACCCGCUGGACAGGAUUCAGCAAUGGCAAAAAUCUGUGACCUCGGCUCCGUCAUCUAACCCCGGAGCCCCCGCCGCCAACCCCACAAGUGCGCCAUCGUCAAAUGCCCCAUCGCGGAAGGCCUCCACCACCACCACACGAGGAGUUGGCAACCGCCUGGCCUGGAUCAAGGAGCUGGAGGAGAAGAAGUCGGGUAGCCUUGGCCAAGAUAUUGGUGUCUUGAAAAAGGCAUCGGGCAGCGUUUCUAACAGACUGGCCAUGUUUGAGAGCAAGCAAGCCGCAGCUGCACCCCCGCUGAGCAACAAGAAGCCCCCGCUGACGAGGACCAACUCGACGACGAGCCGCCUCUCGUCCGUGGGCCUGGAUUCCACUUUUUCCGCAAAUGGCAACACAACGGCCACCCCCCGCACGUCGGGAGAGACGGUACGUUCCAGCCACCGCGCUUCUUCCGUUAUGAGUUACUAUGAUGACUCAUUCCGCGAGAAGAUGGAGAAUGUCGCCGGCAGCUACUCGGAUGCCAAGGACAAGGAGAAGGAGAAGGAAAGCAAGCCCGAGAAGGCCGGUCUUCAGCGCGUCAAGACCUCGUUCGUCUCGGUAGACCCCAAGAAGAAGGCAGAGUCUGCGACCAGCGACUCUGAUGUCAACGAGACAGAGGCCAAGGAGGAAACCAAGUCUGCAGAGCCAGUCACCGCUAUCGAGCAGCCGGAAUCCAAGACCGAGGACGAGCCCCAGGCCAGCCAAUCGAUCUCGCCAGUUGUCGAGACCGCCAAGCCCGAGGAAGAGAUCAAGUCGGCGGAGCCGGCAGUCGCCGAGGUCAAGACCUCGGAGGAGCCAAAGGCCGAGCCUCAGCCCGUUGAGGCUGCUGCAGUCGAGAAGGCAGAGGAAAAGUCCGAGUCUUCCUAA